UGUGAUUGACGGAUAAUUUAUUUGGAGUCGACGGCUUGAGAUGUAUCCGGACACAAUCGACGCUUAUAUUUCCCGCUGCACUGAUUUAUAAGAAUUAACAAAACAGGAACGAAGUGAGUGAAGCGAAGAUGAACUCAGGCAUGCAAAAGCCACCUCUGGCCCCAAAACCAAAGCUGGCUCAGCCCCAGAGGCCAGGGCUGUAUCCCUCGACCCCCAGAAGAGACUGCCUCUCGCUCUCAUCUCCCGGUACACCGAGGAGGGUUAAACCACUACUGGCCCCCAAACCCUGCCUCUCCAAACUCACCACUGCUGUGGAGUCCAAACCACUGGCUUCAAAGAGCCUGCUCCAAACACCUGUGACAGAAACCCCACGGAUCGAAGGUCUUCUUAACUCCCAAAAUGGAAUACAGCAAGAGAACAAAAAGCCAGAUUGGGAUUAUAUUAUUCCUAUUUGUCUGUGUAGCCAGGAACACUGCAUGUGCAUCAGGAACACGUCAGCACACAGAAAGCUUCUCCCUACAUCUCGAGGUACUGCGGAGGACAGCAGAGAGAAAACAGACAAGUGCAAAGUGAUGAACACUUCCACCAAUACUCACCUCACAAACCAUAAACCUCUUCAAGAAACGUUUACUUUAGACAGAAAUCUCAACACAGACAUCAACAGCUCCAGUCCUGAGGUGAGGCUGACUCUUCCUCACAGAACAUGGAGCGAUGAGGCAAAUGGGAACUUAAUACCUCAGAGUGCAUCUGGGCGAGGACCAGAGGAAGAAGCUCUUUGCUCAGAGCAGAUAUAUUGUGUGCCCCAGCCCAAUCCAGUCCCGGCAGCUUCUAGGAAGCCCAUCCCUGUCCCUGUACCACGGAAACCCAUGACGGCUGGGCUGCCCCAUCAGGAAAAGGUGGAGGAGAAGAGUGAAGAGAUUAUAAGCCAGGAAGGGAGAGAAAUGAACGUGAAAGAGGUGAAGGUGUCAUCAGAGAGGAAAGGCAGCUCAUCGCUGUCUGUCAGUGUACCUGUUGGAAACAUCUUUCUGUCUGCGAGAAAAGUCUGCGCCCAGCCAGCUCCUCCGCCCAGGAAAAAACCUUUAUUGUCUGCACCUGAGAAAGCACCAACCUAUGCUCCUCACACACUCCCGAAGGACGUGGAGGAAGAAGACCUGGGUUGGGACAGCAACAUCCAGGAGAUGGAGGUAUCGGUUGACCAGGAGGAUGAAGAGGUGGAGAAGGAAGGAACGUAUAAUCAGGAGUCGGUCUACAGUAUAUUCCCUCCUAGUCCUCCCUCUAGCAGGUCGCUCCAGCAACCGGAGCUGAGCCAGCCUCCUGCCAUCACUGUGGCAGCAGCGGUGGUCAAGGUAGUUCCUAAGAAGCCCAAGAGACACAGCAACCCGAUGGCAUGGAUGCAGAGGAAGGAAUCCUCUGAGGAGAAACAAGAGUGGAAAUCAGGAGAUGACGAGAAAAGGCAAGCCUUUCCUACACAAGAUUGUGUUUUGAAGGAGACAGUGAGGAUGGAGCUGCCUCUGGUGGAGAAAACAAGCAGAAAACUCUUAACACCUGGAAUCAUCAAGCCUUCUCGCUCCAGCCUGGGCAAACAGAAAGCCAAGUCCUUCUCUAGCGCCGACCUCCUGCGCUCUGACGGACAGAAGAGGAACUCUUUCCGGAAGCUGCUGGACUUGAAGCUCUCUGUGAAGAUGCUGAUGGUAAAAGGAGGCCAUAGCUCCAACUGCACUGCGAAUGAAAAUGAACAAAGCGUGGACAGGGAGCAAGACGGAUGUGAGGACUUCCACAAGCAUUUCAGGGCUCAACGUAAAUUCUCCUGCCCGCUGACCGGAGUAGAGCAAAGCGUGGAUGGAGAUGAUUUUCUCCCUGUAACAGAACAAGAUAUUAACUAUGAGAACAUCCCUCACUAUGAAGAGAUACCAGACUACAUUAAUGUGCACGUAGGAAGGGCAGAGGAAUCCCCUCUCGCCUCCAUCUCACAGCCAACAGCCUGGCUGUAUAAUGAUGAGGGCAUUUAUGAGGAGCCGGAGCCAUAUAUGACCUUUGAGAAAAGCACUGGACACCAACAGUGUCCGACGCCAACAGACUACGAGAGAAGCUCUGUCGAUGAGGAGGUGACGCCCUUGGAUGAUGACGACAUCUUGGCCAACACCUCAGAGGAUGAGGACGAGGAGGAGGACGAUAGCAGCUCCAUCUCAAGUAAAGGAGACCCUGAGCAGCCAGAGGAGAGUACGGCGCUGAGUGGACAGAAGAAGAGCAAGAUUCACCACAUCGCCACAGAAAUCAUGAGCUCUGAGAGCGUGUUUGUUGAUGUCCUGAAGCUGCUUCAUGUUGACUUCCGUGAUGCGACGUCCACAGCGGCUCGUCAGAGUGGGAAGCCUGUGAUUGAGGAGCGUCUUCUCAACCAGAUUCUGUACUACCUCCCACAGCUCUACGAACUCAACCAAGGCCUGCUCAAAGAGCUGAAGCAGAGGGUGGCCAAAUGGGAUGAAAAUGCCCAGCUAGCAGACAUUUUCGUAAAGAAAGGGCCCUAUCUGAAGAUGUAUUCCACAUACAUCCGCGAGUUUGACAAGAAUGUAGCUCUGCUGGAAGAGCAGACGAAGAAGAACCCAGCAUUCGGCGCAGUGGUACGGGAAUUUGAGGCCAGUCCACGCUGUGCCAACUUGGCUCUGAAGCAUUACCUCCUGAAGCCUGUGCAGAGGAUUCCUCAGUAUCAGCUGUUGCUCACAGACUAUCUAAAAAACCUGUCUGAGGACUCCGAUGAUUACAAGGACACACAAGCGGCCCUUGUGAUAGUGAAAGAGGUGGCCAAUCAUGCCAACGACAUCAUGAAACAAGGGGAUAACUUCCAGAAGCUGAUCCAGGUGCAGGGCAGUCUGAACGGCCACCAUGAGAUAGUCCAGCCGGGGCGGAUCUUCCUGAAAGAGGGCGUUCUGAAGAAGCUGUCCAGGAAGGUCAUGCAGCCCAGAAUGUUCUUCCUGUUUAACGACACGCUGCUGUACACCACUCCUGUUCAGUCAGGCCAGUUCAAGUUCAACAACAUGUUGUCUCUGGCUGGGAUGAAGGUUAGCAAACCAAGCCAAGAGGCCUAUCAGAAUGAGCUGAACAUCGAGAGCGUGGAGCGCUCUUUCAUACUCUCAGCGAGUUCAGCCACAGAGCGAGAUGAAUGGCUCGAGGCUAUUUACACGGCGAUCAGUGACUACACCAGGAAGAAGAUCAGUUUUAUAUCUGGCAAGCCUCCAGAAGAGGUAGAGCUGAGUGAUUGUGGCGAUGGUGCUUCUUUGGGAUCCAAAGCCCCUAUAUGGAUCCCUGACCCACGCACCACCAUGUGUAUGAUCUGCACCUGUGUGUUCACCCUAACAUGGAGGCGACACCACUGCCGCGCAUGUGGAAAGGUGGUGUGCCAGUCGUGUUCCUCCAACAAAUACUGUCUUGAAUACCUAAAGAAUCAGAUGGCACGAGUGUGUGACCAGUGUGUCCCUGUUCUUCUGCAGCAGAAAAGUGAACAAGCCCUAUCAGCAGCCGUAUCCCCUGGAAACAGAGCUACCUUUACUUUCACCAGGAAGCAGAAGAAGAUACCUGCAGCUCUGAAAGAGGUGUCAGCAAGCACAGACAACUCCUCCAUGAGUGGGUAUCUGCAGAGGUCAAAGAGCAACAAGAAGCAGGGGAAGAGGCUGUGGUUCGUCAUCAAAGACAAGGUUCUGUACACGUAUGCUGCAAGUGAGGACGUUGCAGCGUUAGAGAGCCAGCCCCUGUUAGGGUUUAUGUUGAAAGUGGAUUCAUCAGAGAAGUUACAUUUUAAGCUUUAUCACAAAAAGACACUUCACUACAUUUUUAAAGCUGAUGACCUCCAAACGUCACAGAGAUGGAUCGACUCAUUCAAAGAAGCCACGGUGCUUUAACGUCGGCUUACAGUGUGUUUAGCUGUUCAACAUGGUGUUUUACCUCCGGGCUCUCUGAAUUCUGCAAAAAGCACCUGGAGACAGCAAAUUAGUUGCAGUGAAAUAAAAUCCAAACAUUAUUUUAUUGCUUUUAUCAGACAUACUGCAGUAAAGUGGGGCAUAAGCCUGGUCAGUUGUGUAUGUUAAUAUGAAUCUGUUCCACCAGGAUUUAUGCAGUUUUGGCUAUAAUUUAAAAAAUCAUAUGCCACAAUCAUCUGUAGAUAUUUUUAGACUUAUCUUUAUUUUUUUUAUUAUUGUUUUUAAUAACCUACUUGGAUCUCCAUAGCACAUAUUUGUUAAUAAAAGCCCAUCAUCAAUAUGUAAUGAAUUUGUAAUUGUACAGUUUAAAUACUGUCAACAAUUUUAAGAGCUAAAAACAAAUCCUAUACUGUAGAUGUUUCUUGUUGUAUAGGAAGAAUUACCUAAUUUCACACGUGUGUGUGUGAGUGUGUGUGUGUGUGUGUCUGACUGUAGAACACACAAUGUGCACUCUUUAAGCUUGUCUAAGAAAUGUUCACCCUUACAUUAUUAAGCCUUUCUGUAACUCUGAGUCCAGCCUAGAGUCUUAAAGGUUUAUCAAGGGAAUGUUGACUGUUUGGACAUAACUGUACCAUAAUGUGUAUUGCACUUAAGUAAUGUACAUAUGAUAUACCUACACACACAUCUUCUGUAAAUAUAGAGGAUUGUAAAUUAAAUGUAAUCGAAUUUCCAUGAAUCUCUCUUAUUAUUUUAAUUCUGUCACUGUAAUACAUUUUUGUUUUACUGUGCAUGUUGUCAUGGUCCAAACACCACCACCAACAAUUUGUCUGCACAUUAAAAUGGUGGAAAAGCAAUAGUCAGCAAACUGGGAAGUAAUUUACAAUAUUGGUUUCUAUUGCAGAAGUAAGUUGAUUUAGCGUUCAAUAUAUUAACAAUUUAAAAACUUUAAACAAUGAAGCCUGUCUUACCAUACAUCUGAAUUCAUAAUAUUACAUCCAAUGAUAAAGCCAAUUGUCUAUAUAAAUAAAAAAACGUUAUUAUUCUGAGUUUGAAUGA